AUGGUUGUUAAUAAUCCAAAUAAUUGGCAUUGGGUCGAUAAAAAUUGUAUUGAUUGGACUCGUACUUAUUUCAAAGAAAAAUUAGAUAAUUAUACCGUUGAAAAUGAUCAAUUCAAAGCUAUAAUCUCCAAAGUUUCAUCAGUUGAAGGUGAUGUUGAAGUAUGUCAACGUAAGGGGAAAGUGAUUUCAUUAUUUGAUUUGAGAUUAGUAUUGAAUUUCACAGGUGAAAUCAAAUCUGAAGGAUCAACUAUUGAAGGAUCAAUAACUAUUCCUGAAUUAGCUUAUGAUUCUGAAGAAAGUGAUUUACAAUUUGUGGUUAGUUCAUAUAAGGAGAAUUCAGAUAGUGAUAAAGUGAUUGCUUUUAUUAAAUCUAAAUUGCUUCCUCCAUUAAGACCCCUUUUAAUCCAAUUUGGAAUUGAUUUGAUUAAAGUUCAUGGUUCUGAAAUUCAAUUAUCUGAAGAUAAAGUGAAUUCAUCAUAUACUAAAGCCAAUCAAGCUGCUUCAAAUCCAAGUAGUUCAAACCAUGUCAAUGUGUCUAAUGUGGUUGUUUCAAAAUCCACUCCAACUACCACUAAAGUUGCCACCACUACAACUUCAUCUUCUACAGUUCCAAAAUAUAAUACAUCAACUUUACAUCUUGAACCAAUCUUCAAUACUACAGCUAAUCAAAUCUAUAUUACAUUAUUAGAUGCCAAUAGAAUAGCUGCUUGGUCAAGAGCACCACCAUUAAUUGAAUCAUUCCCACCUAAAAUCGAUAGUGAAUUUAGAUUAUUUGGAGGAGCUGUUAGUGGAAAGAUUCUUAAAUUAAUCCCAGAUGAAAAGAUUGUUCAAUCAUGGAGAUUAGAAGAUUGGAAAGAUGGUCAUUAUGCCAAUUUAGAUAUUCAAUUGAUUGAAGGUGCUGGAGAAACUAAAAUGGUAGUUAAAUUCUCUGGUAUACCUAUUGGAGAAGAAGAUCGUGUUAGAGGUAAUUUUGAAGAUUAUUAUAUUAGAUCGAUCAAAGUCACAUUUGGAUUUGGAGCAGUAUUAUGA